CAAGGACUUGGAGAAAUCCAGUGACUGCAUGAAGAAGGUGCAAAAGAAAGCAUUCCCCUACCAUCUCAAACACUUGGGAGUACAGCCUAUAAAAGUAGUACACUACAAAAAAGAAGGGCAGAAAUCUACCAUUGACUGCACCAUUCUGAGGUGCAGGGCACUACAAAGGAUCUCCAUAAUCCUCAUCACAGGUUUCACCAUCAUCUCAGCAUGCAUUUACAAGAAGUAUCUAGAAAAUAAAGCUACAGACUGACAUUAUGGCGCUGUUUGUUCAUGUCUUAGCAUGCCUCUUUGGAAUGGGAUCCUGGGUGGCCAUCAAUGGAAUGUGGGUGGAGCUACCCUUAGUCGUCUCUGAAGCACCGGAGGGAUGGUAUCUCCCAUCAUACCUCUCAAUUUUGAUCCAGCUGGCCAACUUUGGACCUUUAUUUGUGACACUGAUGCAUAAGUUUCAACCCGGCAAACUAAAUGAAUUGGUGGUGAUUUAUACAAUCAUUAUCAUUGGGAUCCUGGCUUGUCUUUUCCUGACAUUCUUUUGGAAGGUGACAACUAUUGUAGCCGGUGCUUCACGCAGCACUGCUCUUCUCAUAUUAAUGUUCUUCCUUUCAAUUGUCGAUUGUACCUCAUCAGUGACCUUCUUGCCAUUCAUGAUGAGACUUAAAACCCCAUACCUGACCACCUACUUUAUCGGAGAGGGACUGAGUGGUCUUGCACCAGGUCUGGUGGCCUUGGGUCAAGGUAUUGGAAUGCUCCAGUGUGUAAACCGAAGCUUGUCAGCUAAUAAUGAAAGUUCCAUCAAUGAAAACGAAGCAUUCAAAACUGAGGCACACUAUUUGCCAGCGAACUUUUCUGCUGAAGUUUUCUUCCUGUUCCUCAGCGGGAUGAUGAUCGUCUGUUUGGUAGCUUUCAUUCUUCUUAAUCACUUACCAAAGGCACGACGGGAGCACUCCAAUGAAAUGGACCCAAGACAACCAAAAACGAUUGUAAAACAAAACAGGGAGAAAAAUUCCCAAACUCAAGAUGAAAAGCCAAUGAUAAGUUCUAACGUUGGUCCCAGGAAGAAGCUGCACAGUUCAUUUGGGACCGGCAAAUAUUCUUGGACUCAGGUCAUCUUUAUUUUUGUAAUUCUAGCCUGGGUAAAUGCUUUGACAAAUGCAGUCUUGCCAUCAGUUCAGUCUUACUCAUGUCUUCCCUAUGGCAACACAGCCUACCAUCUGUCAGCAAGUCUGUCUGCUCUAGCAAAUCCACUGGCUUGCUUUAUUGCCAUGUUCCUGCCUAACAGGUCUUUGCUGCUGAUGGGUGGGCUGGUGCUCACCGGGACCGGAAUUGCUUGCUAUGUAAUGGCGAUGGCUGUGUUAAGUCCCUGCCCCCUCUUGCUCAACUCUCACCCCGGGGUGCUACUCAUUGUUUUGUCUUGGGUGUUGUUUGUGGGAACCCUCUCCUAUGUGAAAGUGAUGAUUGGUAUCAUUCUCAGAGAUGAAGGCCACAGCGCCCUCGUGUGGUGUGGAGCAACUGUGCAGCUAGGAUCCAUGCUUGGUGCUCUUACUAUGUUCCCGUUAGUCAAUGUAUAUGGUAUGUUCCAGUCUGGUGACCCUUGCAACACAGUCUGCUCAGCUGACCUGUAGUUUUCUGUGAGCCCAAGCCUAAUUACUGGACUUGAUCUACAAAUUAUGAAAGAACAAAAUAUAUCACAUCUCAAAGUAUCAGUUUAUUCAGAUGUAUAACGAUGCUGAUUUGUUUUUUUUUAAUAUUUCAGGACAGACUGUCUCAAGCAUUUUAAGACUGUAUACACUGGAAUUUUCUACAGAAUACUGCCAAUCUGUCUCUCUCAUUUACAAGGGACCUUUAAGGAAAUGCCAGAAAAAAGACAAUAUGAAUUUUAAUUAGGCUGGAACUUGCAGAGAGAGCUUUUCAUGUCAGCAGGACUUCUGUGUUUGUGGUGUUCGCAUCACUGCAGCACCCCAAUGCUUCACCUAUCUGUAUAAUUUCUGCUUCAGCCAUUAGGAUACAUUUCGGGUAUGGACUAUUCAUCAGAAAGGUGGGACUUUAAGUUAUGCCACUUCCUACUGUUUAUCAAGCACACAGCAAACUAAGUUUAUACAGCACACCACAUGGAAUAAUUUCAGCAAUUACACCACUGUUUUGUAUAACACACUGAACUAUAACCAGUUUAGCAGAGGCUUGAUAUGAGAAGUACCAGGCAAAAUCCAAAUACUACAUAUACAUAUUAGUUCGACAGAAAGAUUGGGGCUUGGCAUAAUGGUUAAGGUGUGUAACUCACAGACAUGAGGUACAGUGUUUGAUUCUCACCUUUGGGAAGGAAAUUAGUUAGGCUUAAAUGGCCUAUUAAGAAAGCUAGGGUAGCAGUUGGCUAUGAGCUUAUGUCAAUUCCCCUGUGGCAUUAUUAAUUAAUACAUAGAGUGGAGAGGUUCAUGUCUCAUUUUAUCAUGGAUUUGAUUCCGAUUUGUUAUAAGUAAGCAAUUACAAAACAUUUGUCGUUGGGAGGUUGGUAUAAUGGUUAAGGUGUUUACCUUACAAACACAAGAUGUAGGGUUUGAUUCUCAAGUGGGGUAACUAGCAACUUUUAAAAUGACCCACAAGGACAGUUAACUUAGUAUUAACCUAUGAACAACCAUCAACAGAAAAUUCCCAGAUAGUAUGUGUGCAUUUAUAUUACAGCUGGAAUAUCACUAAGCUAACACAAUGCAACUUCACUUUGAGUAAUAUGCUGUAGGAGAGGUCACCAAAUUAGCACAACUUUAAUGUGCAUUACAUCUCUCUGCACAGAACAUAUAGUACUAUUUUAUGUACACAAUACUUGCCAAGACCAGAGACAAUACACCACAACUGUAACUAGUAUACCAUUCUUAUGUGGGAUAAUUAUAUUACCUUGCAUGCCAGACAAGCCAAUAAAUAAAAUCCACUAACUACAAAUAUCUCUUUUUAAGGAUGGCCCAGGAACAUAAGUCUACACAGUAUGCUAAGGGAAAACAAACUGAGAACGACAUGAUGAAAUCUGUCAGCACUUCACAGCCUUGACCAUCUGUGCUGCACAUCCAUGUUCUAGAGUGUAUGACACGUUUGAAUUUUACCAAAGAUGCUAAUGUAAAAUACAAAUGAACAGGAUUUGUUUAACAGCCCCUAUAGCAAAUUCCAGGUAGCAUA